AUGCCUCUGGCAGAUAUCUCCGACGAUGAGGAGGAAGUAGGGCGACGAAAUACCUACAGUCCAUUCGGACUCCCUGUGCGCUUUACACCCGUGAACGUCCCUGCACACAACGCCUCCUCGAUCUUCUGCGUACCCCCAUUCUUUGGCCCCCUCCUCUUCGACAACACCGACAGCGACGCCCGCGACCACUGCGCCAACGAACGAACAUUCCUCUCCUACCUCCGCCUCUCCGUCUAUAUGGCCAUCGUCAGCAUCGCAAUCGUCGUCUCCUUCCACUUGAAAUCACAACCCUCACGACUCGAGCUGCGAAUGGCGAAGCCUUUGGGGAUAAUAUUCUGGUUGUUGAGUCUGAGCUGUCUGGCGCUGGGGUUUGGGAAUUAUAUAAAGACGGUGAAUAAGUAUAGUAAGAGGGCGGCCAUCGUGCAGACUGGGUGGAAGACGCAGUCGGUUCUCACCGUCAUCGCUUUCAGCAUUGUUGGCGUUUGUGUACUAUUUUUAGCUACAAACUCGAAACGAAUAUGA